GGUGAGGUACCUGGGCUUCUGAAGGGCGGGCGGAUAGGUCUUAACCGCCGCCGCUAGCGACUCUCCUGCGACGAGGCCCAGGAGCAAGAAGCAGGUGGAGCGUUCAAUGCCUGCAGCAUUGAUCGGCUCUUUCUGCCAUCUCGGACUUCGCCUUUCUCACCUCUUUGCGGUUUAAGUUACCUUUGGGUUUGGAGACCUUGGGGCCUGAGGCUCACCCUCGAGGCCACCCUCCCCCCUCCAUCCCGUUCCCUCUCAUCCUCCAUCUUUCAUUUGCAUCACUGAAUCAUCGCCUUUGUGCUAGCCACCUGAGCCGUGCCUGGAGGCCAGGUUCCAGGCUGCAAAGGUAACUGGGGAAAGCAGCCCCCCAGUGGACAAAGACGAAGGCAAGGCAAGAAUAGAGCUGGCCUGAAAGUCGCAGUCGAUGGGAAUAGGCGAUUAAGUGGGUGAACGUCGAAAAAAAAGAAAAAAAACAGUACUGCGGAUUUAGAAGGACUGGAAAGGACUUGUUGCACAAUGGAAGAAUCUGACUCUGAGAAAAAGAUGGAGAAAGAGACUAUGGGGCCGAGAAUGGAUCCUCCCAUAGGGGAACCAGAAGGAUCGCUAGGGUGGGUGCUACCAAAUACAGCUAUGAAGAAAAAGGUGCUGUUGAUGGGCAAAAGUGGGUCUGGUAAGACCAGCAUGAGGUCUAUUAUCUUUGCAAAUUAUAUUGCCAGAGACACUCGUCGCCUUGGUGCAACAAUACUAGACCGUUUACAUAGUCUUCAAAUUAAUAGCAGUUUGAGCACCUACUCUCUCGUAGACUCUGUUGGAAAUACAAAGACAUUUGAUGUAGAACAUUCUCAUGUUCGAUUUCUGGGAAACCUGGUAUUGAACCUGUGGGACUGUGGUGGACAGGACACCUUCAUGGAGAAUUAUUUCACUAGCCAACGGGAUAAUAUCUUCCGAAAUGUGGAGGUUCUGAUUUAUGUCUUUGAUGUGGAGAGCCGGGAACUGGAAAAGGAUAUGCAUUAUUACCAGUCAUGCCUAGAGGCCAUUCUGCAGAACUCUCCAGAUGCCAAAAUCUUUUGUUUGGUGCACAAAAUGGACCUGGUACAGGAGGAUCAACGGGACCUGAUUUUUAAAGAGAGAGAAGAAGAUCUGAGGCGUUUGUCUCGCCCAUUGGAAUGUUCUUGUUUCCGAACAUCUAUCUGGGAUGAAACGCUCUAUAAGGCUUGGUCCAGCAUUGUUUAUCAGCUAAUUCCCAACGUUCAGCAGCUGGAAAUGAACCUAAGGAAUUUUGCUGAAAUUAUUGAGGCUGAUGAAGUUCUUCUAUUUGAGAGAGCUACUUUUCUGGUGAUUUCUCAUUAUCAGUGUAAAGAACAGCGUGAUGCCCACAGAUUUGAGAAAAUCAGCAACAUUAUUAAGCAAUUUAAGCUAAGCUGCAGCAAGCUGGCUGCCUCUUUCCAGAGCAUGGAAGUCAGGAACUCUAACUUUGCUGCUUUUAUUGACAUCUUUACAUCCAACACUUAUGUGAUGGUUGUGAUGUCUGAUCCAUCCAUUCCUUCUGCAGCUACUCUGAUCAACAUCCGCAAUGCCAGGAAACACUUCGAAAAGCUGGAAAGAGUGGAUGGACCUAAACAGUGUCUUCUUAUGCGCUAACAGCCAAAUGUGUCAGAAAAUAAAUUGAAAUACUGUUUCUUAAUUAAUCUUAAUGUAUUCAUAUAUGUAGGCUCUGAAAUAUUGUGAUGCGACCACUUCUGUACUCCUUCCCUACUUUCCAGUUUAUCUUGAAUGCUAUUUAUUCAAAUAGCCAGUGAAGAGUUAAAAGAUAAGCUGUUCAUGAAGUUGGGAUGACAUAAAGUAGGUGCUUGUAUGUGUUCUGAUAGCAGGUUCUUCUACUAGUGUAGGUCUUCUGAUAACAUGGUCCUAAUAGUUGUGUUUGUCAAAGCCUUUCCCAACCUUGUGUUGUAUUCCUUAUGAGAUAGUAAUCUAUGUUUGGAAUAUACUGUUUUCUCAGCAUGCAUUAAAAUUAUUCUUCAACUGAAAAUAAACUUGCUGUUAGGAAUUUAAGUGUCUAUUUUAGGAAUUUAAGUGUCUAUUUUCCCCCUUUGUUUCUUUAACUUUUCCCUAAAAGUAAAUUAAUUUCUCAAUUAUCUUAGGGAAGGGUGAUAUGUUGGUUGAAAUAUAGCACAAAAUAAAGUUGAAUGGAAAGGGUAGAGCCAGAUUAUAAUCUUAAAUAUAGCAGAAAAGUUUAGAUAGGACAUGAUAGGAAGUAGGAAACAAUUGUAAGAUUCAGAGGUGGAGAACUAUGUGAAAGGAAUUUGAAAUAAAGUUAACUUAGUUUUUAUGGACUGAUGGAUAGCAGUUGGGGAAACUGUAUACAGACUUGAGGUAUGUUAAGAGUGUUAUAGGAUAUAACGAGAAGGAAUGAAUUUUCAAUAGAAGGAAAAUAGAGUUUAUGGUACAGAGUCUUCUUUUUUGAGUCAAGAAUGGCUAAUUUUAUCUAUUUCACUCAUAAUACCAAGUGGGGUGCGCCUUCAUUACGUUAAUCAAGUAGUGUUAAAAUAUUUUUCAAGUUAGAGUCCUAUAUGACUUCAUCACCUAAGGAAAAGAUGAAGCAUUGUGAACUGGGAGAAAAGGAGCUUGACAGCACUAAAGUUACUCAAAGACCUUUUUCAAUUUACAUAAGUAGUUAACACAACACAAGAGCAUGUAGGGAAUCUGUAGCACAAUAGACUUAUCUCACUUUCCUGGUCUUAUUUAAUGAAGACACUCCAUCCAGACCACAAGAACUUUAUCUUUAUCCAUCUUGGCUUUGUAUAUUCUUUGAGAUAAUACUGGUUUACAAGCAAUGUACAAUUUUUAGGAGAAUAGGUUCACAUCUUCUCAGAAGGAUGUUAUCAUACCACUCCCAAUAUCAAGUCACCCAUACUCUUUUAUCCCAGACCAUUGGGACCUCUCCCUACUUCACUCCCACCCCAACUGCCCCUCACUAUCUUGUAGCCUCAACUGGCAAUCAUUCUUCCUUCCAGUGAUGUUUUGGUAUAGUUUCAUCAGUUCCUUUGUUAUUUUCCUCUAUAUGUUAUUUUCCUCCAUAUUCUCAUUAUGAGUAAAAUCAUGUAGGAUUUGCAUUCCUCCUGACUUAUUUCACUUAGCAUAAUACACUACAGUUCUAUCUGUAUUGUCACAAAUGACAAGAGCGCAUACCAUGUGAUACAGCAACUCCUUUCUCCAUAUUAUUAUCUCUGGUUGAGAGCAUUUUCACUGAACAGAAAAGAACAUUUUGUCUUUUAGGUAGUCUACAUUAUUUAGGUAAAAAAAAUGUCAAGUUUUAACCACUUGGGACUAGUUUUAUCAGCAGUUAUAUUAACCUACAGCAGAGGAGUGUUUUUUUGUUUUGUUUUGUUCUGUUCUCAGUGGAUGUUUCAGAUUCUUACCCUGUUAUCAGCCAGAAAAAAAUUUAAAGAGUAACUGAACCAGGAGCCUGUUGUGUGACUGAUAUGAAUCAUGCUUUGAAAUGUUCCUAUCAUCCUCAGUAUCUGAGGUUGAAUUUGAGAGAACUACCUAAAACUGUGCUUUUAUUUUAAGAUGUAGAUAAAUGUAGUCAUUAAAUUAGAUAAGCAUGAGAAAAUAAUUUGCCCUUGGUUAAACCUUUGCUCAGAUUAUAGUGAUUGGAUUUAGAGAACUAUAACAGAAUGAAAUAUUAGAAAAUAAAGGUUAUGCUUUGAUUUAAUCUUUUU